UUGUCACCAAGUCCAAGGGGCCAAGAUGAGUCAACGCACGGAACGACGGGGGAUCCAUGUAGACCAGUCAGAGCUGUUGUGCAAAAAAGGCUGUGGGUACUAUGGCAACGCUGCCUGGCAGGGGCUUUGCUCCAAGUGCUGGAGAGAGGAGUACCAGCGUGCCAGGCAGAAGCAGAUUCAGGAGGACUGGGCUCUGGCGGAAAAGCUGCAGAGGGAAGAGGAAGCGGCUUACGCCAGCAGCCAUGGAUCCCACCCCCAGGCUCAGGCUCACUCUCAGCCCUCACUCGCACCUUUCUCCAAGUUCGAGGAGAAAAAGACGAACGAAAAGACACGGAAAGUGACCACCGUGAAGAAGUUCUUCAGCCCGUCGUCCCGAACCACACCAAAGAAAGAGACUCACGAGAGCAAGACCCCAAGUCCGUCCAUCGCCCGCCAGUCGAGCAUUGAGACAGAUCGCGUGUCGCGGGAAUUCGUGGACUUCCUUAAGAACCUUCAGAAACCGGGGAGAGAAAUCCACAAACAGUCCCGUGCUUUUAUCGAGAGCAUGGCCAAUAAGAAGGACCUUAGUGCAGAAGAGCUCUCUGAAUGUGUCCAGGAUUUCUACCAGAACAUGUCUGAUCGGCUCAUGACCCACUUUAAAGGGUCGUCUGAGCGAGUGGAGAGGGUUAUGGAUCAGGUGGAGAAGUACAUCAUGACGCGUCUCUACAAGAGCGUCUUCUGCCCCGAAACUACGGACGACGAGAAAAAGGACCUUGCCACACAGCACAGAAUCCGGGCUUUACAUUGGGUGACUAUUCAGAUGCUUUGUGUUCCUGUGGAUGAGGAAAUUCCAGAGGUUUCUGAUAGUGUAGUUAAAGCCAUUACAGAUAUCAUUGAGAUGGACUCUAAGCGUGUGCCCAGGGACAAGCUGGCUUGCAUCACCAGCUGCAGCAAACAUAUCUUCAAUGCUAUCAAGGUCACCAAGAACGAGCCAGCCUCAGCAGACGACUUCCUGCCCACUCUGAUCUACAUAGUGCUGAAAGCAAACCCGCCACGACUGCAGUCCAAUAUCCAGUACAUCACCCGGUUCUGCAACCCCAGCAGACUCAUGACUGGAGAAGAUGGCUACUACUUCACCAACCUGUGCUGUGCAGUGGCCUUCAUCGAGAAACUGGAUGCUCAGUCUUUGAACCUGAGCCCAGAGGACUUUGAGCGCUACAUGUCUGGCCAGGCCUCCCCCCGCCGGCAGGACGAACCCGAUUCCUGGCCUCAGACCGGAUCCAGCGUGAACCCGGCGCUCAGCCAGGUUUACCACAACCUGGACCUGCUGGUAGGGCUGAACCAGCGACAGGAGAAAGUGCUAGAAGGUGCCCGUAGCCUGCAGACCGAACUGACGGAGUGGCAGGAGAGCGUGACCCGGGAGGUGCAGGAGAUACUGGAGAGGUACCCCCUGGAUAUCCGACCCCACGCCUCAGCCAUAGACUCAGAAAAUGUCGAGAACGAUCGGCUGCCUCCUCCCUUGCAACCCCAAGUGUUUGCAGGGUAAACGAGGACCAAAAGCUUCACGAAAAAAAAGAAUUCGGAACAGAUGAUGCCCUUCGUUUCGGGGCAGAAUAAUCCGGUUAUGUUAUUACGUAAUCCAGAGGGAUCUUAAGAGGCGGAAUCGGUGAUUCGUUGAAAGCGCUUGCCUGCUUGUCCUGUUGGUGGAAUCAGACGACGUUAAUUGUUUUGCACUUUGAUUUUCUUACUCCCAUUUGCAUGUGAUAAAGGACUAUAUAACCACGCAAAGAUCAUUUCAGAGUUUCUAAACUCAGAUUAUUCAAUGUGCAUCCAAACCACCAGACACUAAAUAUUUUGUAAUAUGUAGGGAAAACGCUGCUCGUUUUCUCCAGAACCACACCACAUGCUCCAGUGACCUGAGUUCUAUAUUUAAAUUAGUAGACAAACGGUGUAUACUGUUCUAUACUGUGUCAUAAAAUCUUAUUUUUCGAGACCUUGGUACCGUUUUAAGACACUAUGCAUGGGGAAUAACAUUGUGGUACGCGUUUAACACAGUUGUAAAUCAGUUGUUAUAAACUCCAUCUCAUUACUUUUGCUGACACGUUUUGUUUUGAAUAGACAGUGCUUUGCCUAAAAUUGGCUUUUGCAGCAACAACAUGCUAUUUAUGCAUGCGAUCUUGCCUUUAAUUAAAGAAGGGAAAAAAGGAGACUUACAUUAAAUUCAGAUCAGUGUUGACACCACUGAAAACAAGUAGUGGCGUCCUUCACGAAGGUCCUGUCACCGAUUUAACUUAUGUUACGUUGUCCGCACUCGAUUUCAGACGUACUCGUUCUGCUGCUGUUACAUGUUGGCGAUAACACUUUUCACAACUUAAGACAACUAAUGCUGCACUCCAGGGAUCUUAAAAAUGAAAAUACAUUGCGUAGGUUGUACAUAACUGCUUGAAAUGAUUUUGAUGAACAAACAUAAACAUCUUACUCUUCUUAAAGGUGACAAGUGUUAUGUUUUGGGUUUUUGUUCUUGAGUUCUCACUAGUCGGGUAAGUUUGUGUACUGUAUUUCCGCAAUAUCAGCGUGGACACUGUCGUGAUACCAAGGGUGAUUAUUUGUGGAUUGGUGUGAAUUGUGUGUCAACUUAUAUACACUUAGAAAAACUAUUGUAGCUUUAACCAUUGUCUUAUCUCCAUGAUAUUCAUUUGUAAUAAUAUUUGAUUGAACAUAGGAUGUAAGCUCUGAUAAAUGUCAAUGACGUUUGUUGCUUGAAAAGACUGGAUAUGCAUUUUGAGUUCCAGUUCAAAAUGAGAUUGUAUUCUGUGAUCCGUGAUUGACAUGGUUGAUUGAAUAUUAUGGGUGCUUGCAAAAUCAGUUAUAAACUUAUAUUCUCACAUCUGUUAUCACAGUAGAAACAAUGUA